AGCGCCAGCGCCGUGCCAGGGGACAGCGCUGGACAGUCCAGACCUGCCUGACAUGCCAGCGCAGCCAGCGCUUCCUCAAUGACCCCAAGCACCUGCUCUGGGGGGACCGGCCGGAGGCCCAGCUCGGGAGCCAGGCAGAUCCCAAACCAACACAGCCCCUGCCAAACACAGCCCAGCCCGGCCCAGCCCCCCUUCCUGAGGAGAAGCUGCCGCCUCAAAGCUCCAGUCACAAGUGAUGGACUUCAAAUAAAUCCAUUUUAAUUCUA